UUUGCCGUAGGGGGUCAGGAUCGCGGUACCGCACCGAAUUUCGUUUCCUCAGUGUCACUUUGACCGCACGUCUGAAAACGGCAUCAUAACGUUUCGAUAACGAGACCAGAGCGAGCGCGAUUGACACGAUUUGCGUUGACUGAGCGAGAAUCGCGGGUGAACAGUCGCGAGAGAGAGAUAUAUAAGAAGAGACGUUCACGACCAAAAAAUAGAAAAAAACUGCAUAAUCAAACAUAAUAAACUAGCACAUAUCAACGACAAGUUUCCUCUGGCGAAACGAUAUUCAAAGGGAAUUUGAAGAGAUGUUAACGAUCGAGUGAGAAUAUAUAAGGAAGCAUAAUCAGUGUAAAUGAUAAUCGACCAGCGAUAAAUUUCAUUUCGCGAAACACGAUUUGAAUAAAAGUUGAAGAGAUCUUUGUAUAUGUUUGAGAAAAUCAUAAAUGAUAAUAAUUGAGCAAUCGCUUUCAUUUCGGUGACGAAAGUGAAAGACUCGUGUGAUUAAAAAAUAUAUGAACUAAGCUGCGUAAAAAGUAUAAUAACUCAGCGAGAAAUUUGAGUAAUCGGGGUGACUUUGUGAAAUAAGUAAUUAGUGACAGGACGAGUUGUGACAAAUUAGAGGGUCGUGGUAAUAAUCAGACACCAUGCUCGGUGGAUACGAGGCGCAGACAGACUACUAUCCGCAGUGGCAUCAGCCAUACAAUUAUGUCACUCAACUUCCCUACGACAGUCAAUCGACGUAUUGGGGAGGCGCAGAUUCCGGUAUUUCGGGGGGUAGUUCCGGGGCAGGUAGUCCGACCGCGUCGACGCCACCCCUGAUCGAAGAAAUCGGCAUUCAAGAGCCGAACUACUCGUCCCUACAGCAAUACGUGCAUCCGUCGACCGGCCAGCACUACGCCACCCUGGCGUACUCUCAAGGGCAGCAGGAAACCUCACCCCAUCAUCAUCACCAUUAUUUGCACCAUCAUCAUCAUCAUCAGGCCGGUCAUCGGCGCGAGCACGAGUUCGCGAACAGCCAGAUCGGCCAGCAAAUCGUCGGCGGAGUGGUCGGCACCCUUCAGCAGCAUCUUCAUCAGGAUGUCCGCGAUGACGGCGUGACGCCUAGGCCGAAAAGACGGAACACCGCGAAUAAAAAGGAAAGAAGACGCACGCAGAGCAUAAACAAUGCCUUCGCCGACCUGAGGGACUGCAUACCUAAUGUCCCCGCGGACACAAAGCUAUCCAAGAUCAAAACUCUGAGGCUAGCGGCGUCCUACAUUGGAUACCUAAUGGCAGUUCUUGAGAGCGAUGAGGGCGAGGAGCCGCAGACCUUCCGCGCUGAGAUUCUCUCGAACGGCAGGAGGAAUAAAGCGAUUCAACCCAAUCAAAAUGAGUCGUGUUUGCAAUCUGCUUCGAAUCUCGGUCACGAAGAACCGACGAAGAGCAAAGGACGAACGGGUUGGCCGCAGCACAUGUGGGCCCUCGAAUUGAAGCAGGAAUCACCGACCAGCCAGAUGCAAUAAAAUAUAUUGGAGACAACCCUGUCAAAACAUAUCCGCGAUAUUUUACAAAAUAUCGUUCGAAACGAGCAUUACUUUUUGCGCCUGAUGUUAUUUUUUGUCGUCGUAAAAAAUGUGGGCCGCAAUUUAAUGACUGGUGUUUUAAACUUUUUCAGGACAUCUCGGAACAAUUACGAAAAAGAGAAAUACGAAAUUAUCAACAGCCAAUACGUAAUGUCGAGUAUAAAAUAAUGUUUCGAAAAAUUCUUUUUAUAAAAUACAAUAUAAUGGAAGAGCAUUAAGAGCCGUCGCAGGAUGUUAGCGCGGAAAUUUUUAAUUUUUCUUAAAGAAAUUAGUUAAUUAGCUAAAAAGUAAUGCUCUUCUAUUAUAUUGUACUUGAUAGUUAUCAUACGAGCCUUUCCAUUAUAUGUCUUUUUAUAAAACUUUCAGUUGUUUAGCGAAAGAUAUAAUUGUUUGGUGUAAAAAAAGAUAGAUUCGUUUGUAUAUAACGCGCAUUUAUGAUUGUUCUGUAUGUACAUAGAAUUUCGUUCCUAUAGUAAUCGGUAUCCAUACUUUGAGCCAAAGAAUAUUAUUUUACUAAUCCCUUUAAAUCAAACGACGCGACUGAAUUGUAAUUGAGAUCACAGACGAGUUGUUGAUUAAACACAAGAAUCUUUGUAAAAUUUUGUAAAAAGUAUCGUUAGAAAUGUAUAAAAUGUCGCUAAAGCAAUAAACAAUGGAUUAUAAUAAAAUAAUGUCUUAUUUUUACCCUUUUGAUGAACAAAACUCUUUACCAAUUUUUUGCUUAAUUACGCGUUUAAAAAAAUGUACUCAAUAAAAA